UUGUCACCUCUAAUGAUAUGUUUGAUAAGUACUAAAAUUAUAAGAGGAGGAGAGCACUCCAAAUAUUAUAUAUAUCGAUGCACGCCUGGGAAAACACCAGAGGCAAAGGAGGACUCACCCACUUGAUUUGGAGUUAAUCAGUUGAGGCGGCGGCAUCAUGGCAAACAAUGUGUUUGGCAACCCCAUCACCAAUGAAACUCUGGAGGCUAUGCCAGAAUAUUAUAAAAAAGAAAUAACGCCUAGGGACAGAGCACAUGUGGCUAUGCUUAUGAAAAAUGCAGAAAAUAAGGAUCACAAUGCUCGCAAUCAUGUUGAGAGUCGUAAAAAGGAUUUCGGUGAUGGAAUCUCCGCACUCUGCGUGAUUUACAAUGCUACUGGGGACGCUUUAAAGUUUAUUACUACCCACGAUUAUCACGGCCACAUUUAUGCCGACCCAUACCCAACAAUAAUUCAAAAUGGCCAGUGGGCUGCUUUUUUGCAUGUCAAACCCUCUGUAAUUACUGCUGGAUCAAGUGCAGGUGUUGUGUAUCGUGGCAAGAACCAAUCUGGCGAACAACAUGACUGGAUGUUGGCUUGGUCUAUCCCAUAUGUUGGUGACAACCAUGUAAGUAAAACGUUUACUGAUUUGUCUUCACAUUCAUGGCAUUGCUUCCUCCCUCGUGGAUUCUCACCUAUUCUAUUGGCUAUUCAUUUAUUUAUGGAGUAUGGAUUUCCUGGAGAGUGCUGUCACCACGGUUCGUUUCGAUAUUUUGAAUCGUACUUUGUGUUGAGUCUUCUGUGUAUAUUAUUUAUAAAAGACAAAAAAAAUAAGAAGAAAUAGGUUGAUCUAAUAAUU